ACUUUUUAAAGAAUUUCGCUCGAAAACUAAAAAUUAUCAACAAUUAAAUAAAAUGUGCCAUUUACUAAGCUGAAAAUAUUUUAAAGUGAGCGACUACAGUAUUUUCGUUAAACGAGCGACUAGCGACAACAAUAUACGAAACGCCUGAAGUAGACAGUAAAGCUGCCAAAGAUGUUCUCCAUGUGUUCCAAAGUGAAGCCACGAAACUCAUCGGUGAAUACACAACAACCAACGGGUACUGUUGGGAAACAGAUCAAAGGAGGCUACUUGUUGCGAUACAAAAAACAACUACUAUGGAAUCGUUGGGCCGAGGAAUGGGUUGUGCUGUACGAUGAUUCGACAAUGGCUUGGUUUACGGAACCUGGGAGAUCAUCGCCAGCUGGUAAGAUAUUAGUCAAAGAGGCGCCGGAGAUGUUGGCCAUUGCACACUGGACUGGGCAAAUACCACGACGCCCACCACUGCCCGAAGGUUGCAGUGUGUCACAGCUGAUUGCGUUGGGCUCGAGAAGAAAACGUUCCAAAGUAUAUUGGAUGCUAGCCAAAUCGGAACAGGAAGUCAGUGAAUGGGUUGACGCCAUAACUAAGACGCUGCCUCCGCCACCACAAAUUGAACUCGUAGUUGACAAGCCGCAUCUUAUGAAUGUCCUACGUCGACCGUUGGUGCGCAUACGGCCGGCCACUACGUCUGAAGUGAAACAACGCAAAGUUUUGGCGCACAGAAGCAGCAGCGCUCAUCCUGCUUUGGCCCACCAUCGCACAUUCUACGUACAGAAUCCGUUGGUGAAGAGUGACGCCGCCGUAGCUGUGUUGAGUAAAAAGCCCGACUCGAAGCCGGCAUUGGCCUGCGCAUUACCUUGGGGACAUGGUUGGGGUUGGGCCACUUUGCCGAAUGGUGUGUGGAGUGGCGGUUUGACUUGGUCGCAGUGUGAGGACACUUUUACCCUACACGCACUGCCCACCACGCACUGCACCAAUCUUGUGGACACGUCUUGCAGUGGCGCCGUCUACCACACCGAUAUUGGCGGCUUCGAUUUCCAUUCGACAGGCGUGGAAGAUCUCGGCGGCGAGGACUUUGACUAUGCCAUGGAUUGUGGGGAUUUCAUAUUUUAAGCGCGAAUAACGCGAAUGAGCCCACAAAAAGCAAUAUAGUAUGAGGAGAAAGAGGAGCAAGAGGAAGCGGAAAAGUAGGAGGAAGAGAUAAAACGAUCAACAGAAAGGAGUAAAAUAUUAUAGAACGAAAAAAUUGAAAAGAGUUAUAACCACCCCACCCUAGAAAGCGAGUGCAAAGGCACUCGAACGCUUAUAAGUUAAAUAAAUUUAGAUUUUCAUAAGGGCUCAAGAAACGUAAAAAGGACUCACCUUCCACUUUGAAAUAUUUUCACACUUU